AUGGAAGUCCAAAUUCCUUCCCCGUCUGUCUUUUUGAAGAAAUCUCCUGUCCUCACUCCCGCCCCCAGUGUACCAGCCAAACGACCUGCCGUCACCAAACCAAAAGCCAAUGCUGUCACCAGACCUUCCCUUAAACCUACCCCGGCGGUUCAGGAUGGUGCGGUGACGAAACCAAAGCAGAGCAAGAGCCGAAAUGGCUGUAUGACCUGCAAGAAGAAGCGGUUAAAAUGCGAUGAGACGAAGCCCUCGUGUGUGCAAUGCCAGAAGCGGAGCGUUGUGUGCGAGGGAUACAAAAAGGACUACAAAUGGCGAGGUUUUGAUGAAACCACCUUCACUUCCAAACCUCCUCCAAAAAGGAAGACCUUCCGAUCUAGUUCUUUCGCCCACGACCAUAACACUACUCGCCCGCUCAACAUCGCACCUGGCGACCGACAUAACCCGCGACGUACUGGGCCUGAAGACUUGGGCUCUCCGCAGACAUGGUCGCCAGGUCUUCAUUCGGCCUUUGCCACAGCUACCCACGCCUUCCACGGCCAUGAUCGAGGUCAAGGCUCAUCCUUCUUUCCACAGCAACGAGGAGAUAUGAAGAUCGAGAGUGCCCUCUCGCCGACUUUCGGCCUCACUCCUAGUUCUGCCUAUAUCCCUCCGUUUGACGCCGAAGACAUGUCCCCUGUCCUCUCGUAUGGCGAUCACCCCGACCCAUACAGCUUUCUGACGACAACCAACACCUCGUCAACAAAUGACAAUAAUAGUACCAGUUCCUUCUCCUCUGGAUCUCCCCAGCUUAUGGAUUUACUCCUCCCGGGGACCGAUAUGAACCGACCGCCAGAUCCGUCAGAGAUGCGGCCUCCCAUAUCUCCUCUAUCUUAUCAACCUGCCGACUUUGAUUCCAGCCUGGAGAUGGACGAAGACUUUGAUGAGGAAAUAAUCAGGUCUGACGCCAUCGCUACCACGUCCGCAAUGCCCUCAAUCACAGUUCCUACCCCGAUGCCUAUUCUCGGCCUUGGCUCAGCAACCGUGACAUGGCAAAGUUUCCGGGCAGCCUCGCCUACCCCUAGUGCAGUAUCGACACCGUCUUCCAAAUCCAGCGAUAUGACAAUCCUAGCACAGCCAGUCUGGGGCCCCGAGUCUGCCGAGAUGCUCAUGCUCCGUUUCGACAAGCAAACAUGUGGUAUCCUAUCCGUCAAAGAUGGCCCAACAGAAAACCCCUGGCGGACGUUGAUCUGGCCGCUAGCCCGCGAAUCUCCCGCUCUAUACCACGCCAUCUCGUCGAUGACGGCUUUCCAUGGCGCACACGAAAUGCCAGAUCUGCACAUGGCAGGCAUGUCGCACAUGACCAAAGCAGUCAAGGAGCUCGCGUCCGAGAUCGAGAACAUGCGACUUGAUUCAGCCCUUGCAACGUCCCUGGCGCUGGCGUUUAGCGAAGGUUGGGACAGCCACGUGAGCACCGGGGUACAACAUCUGCGCGGCGCAAAGGUCAUGGUCAAUAAUGCCAUUGUCAAGCAUCGACGAGAUAUGCAGCUUGGUAAGAUGACAACCCAGGACGCCGGCCGCCUCAAAUUUCUCUGCAACACCUUUGUCUACAUGGACGUUAUCGCCCGGUUGACAUCGUUAGAAGAAUCCCAUGACUUGAACUUUGAAGAGAUCCUGGGAACAGUGAAUGCCCCAUUCAGCGAACAGGUUGAGGUAGACCCCUUGAUGGGCUGCGCGACCACACUUUUUCCGUUGAUUGGGCGUGUUGCCAACCUAAUCCAGCAAGUUCGCAAAACCGAUUCGAAUUCGUUAACGCUGGUAUCUACCGCAAUGGAGCUGAAAGAACAGCUACAGCAAUGGCAAGUUCCCAACAUCGUGGCUUUUGAGCGACCUGAGGACCCAAAUUCGGAGGUGCAGCACUCAAUCCAGACUGCCGAGGCCUACCGUUACGCUACACUACUCUAUCUACACCAGGCUGUCCCUGAGAUUCCCAGUGACCCUGCUCAAAGUCUCGCGAAGAAAGUUCUCAUCACGCUCGCCUCGGUACCCUUAUCGUCUCGUGCAACAAUUGUUCAAAUCUUCCCCUUGUUCGCGGCAAGUUGCGAAGUCACAACCCCAGACGACAGAAGCUGGGUCCUCCAACGAUGGGCGGCGAUGAUGACACGCCUGAAGAUCGGCAAUGUCAAUUCUUGCUGGCAGGUGAUUCGGGAAGUGUGGAGCCGGCGCGAUGCGUACGAGAGUGAGAAAGCCAAUCGAUUACUGAGGCGGUAUAACUCUCGAGGUGCCCCUGGAGGGAGCUUCGUACCACCAAUCCUCAACAUGCCGCCUGGACUGAAACGAAAGGCGCACACUGUCGACGGCGCCGGGGAGGGAGAAGGAGCUUUCCAACAGGCGCAGCACCUGACUCGGACUCGAGCUCGGGGUGACACUGCCAAUGCAGUGGGAUUUGGGUCCUCCCUGACCGACGAUGAAUUCGAUACAACAGGUGGCCCACUCAAACGACGUGUGACAGUGACCCCGAUGGGCGCAGGAACGUCGACGUCGAUACCUAAUGGCGUACGCGGAAACUUUUCAGCCACGAUGCCGGCUUCGGUCCCAGCGCACUCGCGACGUCCCACAAGUGACAUUGUAUCACCGGAUCAACUUGAGCAUGAGUACACUGUGCGAGGCCGGCUCCAUUGGCUGGGUGUUAUGACAGAAUGGCAGUGGGAAGCAUAUGAGGAACCAGUAUAG